AUGGCGAGUUCCAAGGAUCCCACUAAAGAUCCAAAUAUAACAGAGGCGCCGGCGGUAGCGACAGAUCUCGAAUCUGAACACACCAGUCAAGAUCCAAAAGAAUGGCUGUACAAAUCGGACAGAGCAGAACUCACAGAGCUCACGCCAGUCGAAGCGUUCAAAUGGAGUGUGGAGGGAGACCAGUCGCCUUUCCCAGAGGUUGCGGCCUGUGUGUCCAACAAAGAUGAUCCCACAAUAGCCUGCAACACUGUUCGCGCCUGGAUAUUGAUGACUGUCUUUGUUAUACUUUUCUCCGGAGUUAAUCAAUUCUUCGGCCUACGAUAUCCUUCCCUCACAAUAGGCUACGUCGUCGCUCAAAUUCUCGUUUUCCCAAUUGGCCGAGCAUGGGAAAAGCUUCCGAGAUGGAGGGUCCCUCUAGGAAAACUUACAUUCGAUGUCAACCCAGGAAAAUUCACCAUCAAGGAGCACGCCUUCAUUGUUAUUUGCGUCAAUAUUAGCGCCACCACUGCUUAUGCCCAAGGUGCCUUGGUAGCAAUUGUCAGUCCUGUAUAUUGGAACCGCGACCUCGGACCAGGGUUCUCAUUCUUAUACCUUUUGACGACUCAGAUGAUCGGAUUUGGUCUUACAGGUCUUGCCCGCCGUUGGAUUGUGUACCCUGCUGCCUUGGUCUGGCCUACUUCCCUGUCAUCCACUGUUCUUUUUCAGGCGCUACAUGAUCCUGAAAGCCGUACGCCAGCCAAUGGUUGGACUAUUACGCGGUAUCGCUUCUUUGGCUACGUGACGUUAUUCGCAUUUGUUCUAUUCUGGUUCCCGGACUACAUUUGGACAAGCUUGAGCACUUUCGCUUUUGUGACGUGGAUUGCUCCUAACAAUCAGAAGGUCAACACGAUUUUCGGAAUGAAUUCCGGAUUAGGUCUGAUACCUAUCAGCAUUGACUGGACGCAAAUCAACUACGCUGGUUUCCCCCUCACGACUCCCUUCUACAUCACAUGCAAUGCCUUUGCUGUCGUUGUGUUUUUUUACCUUUUCUUAUCGCCCAUUCUAUACUACACUAAUGUGUGGUAUAGCGCAUACCUUCCUCUCCUCUCCUCUGGCACCUUCGAUAACACAGGAAGCUCCUACAAUGUAACUCGUGUGCUCGACUCGGCUUUAAACUUCAGCGAGAGCAAGUACAAGGAGUACUCUCCCAUGUAUAUCUCAAUGUCUUAUUCCCUCACCUAUGGACUAUCUUUCGCUGCGGUUACCGCAAUCGUUGUCCACACCUACCUUUACAAUGGAACUGAAAUUUGGGCGAGGCUUAAGAAUGCACAACAUGGAGGUGAAGAUGUUCAUCGCCGACUGAUGCGCCAAUAUAAAGAGGUCCCAGAAUGGUGGUACGGAGUUCUCACGGUGGUCGUGCUGGGACUUGGUAUUUUGACGACCAAGUACUGGGACACUGAACUGCCAGUUUGGGGCUUCAUCGUGGUUUGCUUCGGAUUGGCAGUACUUCUCAUUGUCCCUGAGGGUAUUCUGCAAGGAACGACAAACCAGCGCGUGUUCCUCAAUAUCAUUACGGAGAUGAUCGCCGGAUACGCCUGGCCCGGAAAGCCCAUCGCUAAUCUAAUGGUAAAAUGCUAUGGUUAUAAUGCAGUCAAACACGGCAUGGAUUUUGCUCAGGAUUUGAAGCUCGGGCAAUACAUGAAAAUCCCUCCCCGUGUUCUAUUCUUUGGCCAGAUAUAUGCUAGUAUUCUAGCGACAGCAACUCAGACUGGAGUCUUGCGAUGGAUGAUGGGGCACAUUGAUAACCUUUGCGAACCAAAAAACAAGGAACGUUUCACAUGCAACGGUGCCAAACGGAUGUUCCAGUCCGGACAGGUGUACAAUGGCCUUGUCUACUUCUUCCUCAUUGGGCCCGUCGUUACUGUAAUUGUGUACUUUAUCUACCGGCGCUACCCCAAUAGCUGGGUUCGCUAUAUCAACGUUCCGAUCUUCUUCAACGCGGCAGGCAACAUUCCUCCUGCAAACACCACCCAAUACUCCCUGUGGUUCAUCGUUGGCUUUAUCUUCAAUUACCUGAUCCGCAAACGUGCAUUUGACUGGUGGAAGCGUUACAACUAUUUGCUCCAAGCUGCCAUGGAUACCGGCACUGCUAUCGCAACGAUCAUCAUUUUCUUCGCGCUAGGCUACCACUCUAUCACUUUCAACUGGUGGGGAAACACAGUGGGAUCUAAUACGUACGAUGCGAAGUCCGUCCCUUGGUUGACUGUUCCCAAGGGAAGCUUUUUCGGAAAGGGUCCUGGCGAGUUUUGA